AUGGAGAGCUUCGAAAAGUCUCGGCCAUUGCUGCAGCGCCCAGAGAGCUCUAGCAUUGACGUUCUAGAUUUCUCUUUCAGCAAGCCCGCCUCACACAAGCCCUCGUACUCGCGAAAUCUGAUCAAGCAACCUACCAUUCCCCCUCCUGGAAUUGACAAUGCCCUAUCUUCAAAGGAAACGAUGGUAGAGGAGGCAGGGCACAACCAUCAACUUACCAGGCCAAACACCCCUCUCAAUCCUCACAGCGUCGGGAAAGAAGGACCCUUCAAGCCGCCAGUCCCUGCGAGACAACCUGUCUUUUCUCAACCAAGACGACUAUCAACAUCAGCUGAGUCUAACAAAGACAGCGGUAACCAGCCUACAGCUGGGGAUAUAGGGAACUUGGGUUUCGGACAAGAACAGGCGGUGAUAGUCUCCCAGCUGAACGAGCCCACCGAGACCGAUACCCCUAAAGAAACCAUCAGCCCUGCACGAAGGGUCGUCGAGUCGAGUCAAGAGCGUGUUGUUGACAUUGAGAGGACGAGUGAAGCUAAUUCUGCCUUACCUAAGUCGCCCCAGGUGCCACAUCCCCACAGAGAGAGGCAGGACAUUGAGAUCCAAUAUUCUCAUGUGCCUCUCAAACCUGUACAAAAUAAGUCUCAGGGGUCAAAGCGACGACGUGCCCCUGAGAAGGACGCAUCGUCGAAGCAGCAGGCACCGCUCAUUGGUAGCAAAAAUGGUGUUCAGCUGAAUGAGGAUGAUCUAUUCGAGCUUCUCAUCACAAGAAUGAGACAGCGAGAGGAAAGCGAGCAGGCAGUCGCAGUUAUCCAACGGCAAGUCACAAAUGAGAACAUGGCCUUGAAGGAAGAGAACCUUAAUCUGCAGGACCGGCUCAAUAAAUGCCAAGGACAGCUCGCCAAAACAUCAUCCGAGUCAAGAUCUCAGCGCGCACAAAUAGAAAAGUGGAAGGCGAAACUUGGCACAUUCAAAGGUGUCCUCAACGAACUCGGUCGUGAAUAUGGCGCAGUCCUGGAACAAGCCAAAGAAUUGAAAUCAGCCACUAUCUCUCUUGAUAGAGAGAAAAGCGAGAUCCAAAACAGUCUGGACGAUAUCAGGUUAAGAGUUUCGAACAGCGCAGAGACCAUUCAACACCAAUGCGAGAGACUUUCAAUUUCCGAGGGGACGGUUGCCAGCUUGAGGGAAGCGUUGGACCAUUCAGAGAAAAGAGGCGAUUUAGUCAAGACCCAGCUAUCCAACGAGAAGAAGCGAAUCGCCACUCUAGAAGCUUACAUCCAAAAUGAGUCUCAGAGCCAAUUGCGAAACUUGGUCCUUGUCAGAAAUGACCAGCGCAAGAUGGCCGAAAAACUUGACUCUGCCUAUGACCUGUUCACCACAUCUUGCUUCAAAUCCCAGGAUAAUAUCCUGUCAAAACUGAGUCCGGUGCUUGAACACUGUCUCGCUUCGGUUCAGGGGUUGAAAGAGCAGUGCUCUGCCGAGACUUUGAAUGUCCAGGAGUUCACCAUCAGCGUUCAAGAGACUACAUCUCGUUUCAACUCAUUGGCUGGACAGGUUACAAGUGACGUCGACCGAGGCACGGAAAUGAGCAAGAAUGUGUUCCAAGCCCUCCAAGAAGUCAUUCAAGCCAUUGAAGGCAACCUCGGUCCGUAUUCGUCAAUUUUCAAACAGCUUGCUAAUAGCGAGAGUUGCUAUGGGAGUUUGCAACAAAAGCUUCAGAUCAUUGAGCCUAUGCUCGACAGUCUGGGUGGUUCUAUCAAGGCCGUGGGGUUAACAGAAACAGACCUUGUGCGCGGGUUAGAGAACUUCGGUCAGAAGCUUUCUGAGGCUCAAAUUCCAGCAGGGAACCCUGUUCUGGAGAUGGAGAUCGCCAACAAAUUCGCUGAAAAUACCCAGUUGCAACUCCAACUGCAAGAAAUCUCGAUUGAGGUUGAGUCUCUUCGAAAGCAACUUGCCAACAAAUCAUCUGAAAAUGAACAUCUUCAGCAUGCUUUGACCGAGACUGUUGCUAGUGAACAAGCAUCUAAGAAUCAAAAUGCUCGGCUGGAAAUUGAGAAGACGGCCUUGGGGAGUGAGCUUCAAUUACUCGAACAGAGAAUUCGGGAAGAGUUGGAUGCCGCAAGCAUCGAAUUGCAGGGUCAGAUGAAAGCUAAAUUUGAAGAACAAGUCCAAGGCCUUGAGACAGAAAAGGCGAAGCUAGAAAGAGACUUCAAUAACCUCCAGGCACAGCUUGCAAAUGUUCAAAGCUCUUUGACCGAAACCGAAAAGACAGCCGAGGAGGAGCGACUAAAAAAGGCCUCCAUGCUCAACGAAUCACAGAAACGAAUCGAGGAGCUGAAUGUUGCUUGUUCAAAAUAUAUCACAGAAGCAAAAGCCACUGAGGCUGAAUCAAACUUAUUGAAAAGCUCCGAAGCCGGUCUCCUGACGGAAAAGAAGAGACUCCUUGAACAGCUUGAACAAGCAAAAGUAAAGACCACCGAGCUUGAAGCGAGCCUUGGGCUGAAAACAGAGUCUGUAGCGCUGAAGAAGAAGGCAAUACAGGAUGUAGAAAAGAGGGCCGAGGUCCUUCAGCAGGAGACGGCCCAGAAAUCCGAAGAGCUUGCAGCAACAAAAGAAAGCCUCGCCAUGCUCGCAUCACGGUCAUCGGCUUUGGAAAAGGUCGGGGAAGAAGCUGAUGCUGAAAUAAUUUCACUCCUCCGCCGGGCCCAGGAGGCUGAAAGUUGGCAAGCGACCAUAAGAGAAGGGUUUGCGAAGGUGAUUGAGGUACAUUCAGACGAGCCUUUUGAGCAAACAUGGCAGAAAAUAGAAGACAUCAUCCAGUCCUCGCUUGUUCCGUCCAUCACUGGCGAUACGUCUUGCAACAAGCCUCAUGAUACCGGGAAUAUGGAGGACAGCAAUCUUCUUACACUCGAGUCAAGAGAGGGGAAACAUGCCAAUCGCUUCGCGGCCAAUGAAUCAAAUAAGGGGCCUUUCAAUACUGGUGAAGACAUGCAGCCAGAUGGACCUCUAGCACCAAAAAGUUUUAGCCCCUCGAAGGCUUUGAAACAGGGUGAUUGUGCUGAAUCUCUACCGAAAUUCCCUGCCGGUCAUGGCCAUAUUGUUCCGUUUUCAAGUCUGCAUGACAGACUUUCACGGGAAAAUAGCAUGUCACUUUUCAAUGACCCAGCUGAGCUCGAGAUGCUCUUCAUGUCGACUCCAGAUCUCCCGGAAGCGUUGGUGCCGAAGGAUGCCUCCAAGAAAGCUCCCGAAUACCGAUCUGUUCCAGGAGAUCAUCUGAGACUAAGUCGAGAUCUCAAUGACCUAAACCCUGUUCUCGGGACACAACCUCCCGGCGCCGAUGACAACAGAAGCGAAAGACCCCAGUCGACUCUUGAAAAUAUCGACAGUUCGUAUGUGGAUAAACAUGCCAAAAACGAACGGCCCAACACCAAGCGUAAAGUAGUCAACUUCGAGGGGGCGCGUUUUAUCACCCAAACAGAGGUUGGCAAAGCUAGACGAAUGUCAGAUGCAACCGACAACAGCUCUGGAAGAGAGUCUGAAAGUAAGGAAAUAAAGAGAACGCAGAAACGGACUUACAGCCGUCUUCGCCAGUCUGUGGCACAGGAGGAGACGGGUUCAAUUGAAACAACUACAGAGAUGCAGCCUGCCAACAAAGCUUUGGUAGGCAAAUCUCAACAGAGCUCGACGGAUAAGACUGAGCACUCUUCGAACGCGAACCCAAGGCCGUCGAAGAGAGCACGAAACGCAACCGACGGCCCGGAGCGACGACUGAGUCCGAAGGGUUUGGCUUCAGGUAGCAGCAGGGGAAACACAGCCGGCCAAGCUAGCAAUAUGCGAGGCCGAGGUAAGCGCCGCACUCGAGGAGACCGUUACAGUCAGCGCUUCAGUCAAGACGCCGGCUGA